AUGGCGGAAGAAGAGGAUUACAUGGCAGACCUUUCUCACUUUCUUCCUCUAGAAGCUUCUUCUCUUCCCACUAAACCCUCCGCUAAAACGGUAUCGAAUAAGCCUGUAGUUUCGGACAAGAAACGUAAGAUGUUAAACUGGCAAGAACGGAAAAAGCUCAAGAGAGAGCAGAAGCAAAUAGAAGAGGACCAAAAAACUCUAGUGAACUUAGAGUCAGCAAUCCCUGAGAGCAACAUUGGGUUCAAAAUGUUGAAACAAAUGGAUUAUACUCCAGGAUCAGCAUUAGGGAAGGAAGGCUCUGGUAGGUCUGAACCUGUGGGGCUGGAAAUCAGAAGGGGCCGUGCUGGGAUUGGGAAAGAAGAUGAUAAGGUAGAGAAGAUGAGGAGGGAAAUGGAGAAGGCUGACAGGGAUAGAAGGACACAAGAAGAGCUAAUGGAAACUUUUGGAUCUCACCUGAAGGAGCGCUGGAAGGAAAAGAGGAUUGUCAGCAAUUUUCACAAGGCUGAGGCAGUACUGGCUCAGUUAGAGAAUAGGGAGGUCGUAGAGGAGAAAAAGGAAGAAGAGGAUGGAGAAAAGGAUGAGGAAGAGGAAGAACCGAUCACAGAAGAGGAUUUGCUCAAUACAUUGAUGAAACUGAGAGAUGAGUAUCAUUACUGUCUCUUCUGUGGAUGUCAGAGAUUAGAGAGAGCAUGCGUUGGAGAGACUCGAAUUUCCAGUUUCUAGUUAGCGGUAUCAUGUAAGGGGAGUGGAAAGGAUAGCACUCACUUCCCUUGAAUAGAAAAGCUCUCGUCAAUUUACAUCUGCAUCUUAUUGCUAAUU